GACACAGGCGGUGGCUGCAACGGCGUGGGGAGCUGCAACUGUGUCUGGGCAGCCAGGCCAGGCCAGAAGGACCAUGUGAAUGGGGCCAGAGGGCUCCUGGGCUGGGCAGGGACCAUGGGCUGUAGCUGCAGCUCAAACCCUGAAGAUGACUGGAUGGAAAACAUCGAUGUAUGUGAGAACUGCCAUUACCCUAUAGCCCCACUGGACGGCAAGGCCACGCUGCCCAUGCGGAAUGGCUCUGAGGUCCGGGAUCCUCUGGUCGCCUAUGAGGGCUUCAACCCUCCGGCCUCCCCAUUGCAAGACAACCUGGUCGUCGCCCUGCACUGCUACACACCCGCUCACGAUGGAGACCUGGGCUUUGAGAAGGGUGAACAGCUUCGUAUCUUGGAGCAGAACGGCGAGUGGUGGAAGGCACAGUCCCUGACCACGGGCCUGGAAGGUUUCAUCCCAUACAACUUUGUGGCCAAAGCGAACAGCCUGGAGCCCGAACCCUGGUUCUUCAAGCACCUGAGCCGCAAGGACGCAGAGAGGCAGCUCCUGGCGCCCGGGAACACGCACGGAUCCUACCUGAUCCGCGAGAGCGAGAGCACAGCCGGAUCGUUUUCCCUGUCGGUCCGGGACUUCGACCAGACCCAGGGAGAAGUGGUGAAACAUUACAAGAUCCGUAACCUGGACAACGGCGGCUUCUACAUCUCCCCCCGCAUCACCUUCACGAGCCUGCACGAGCUGGUCCGCCAUUACACCAAUAACCCGGACGGGCUGUGCACGCGCUUGAGCCGCCCCUGCCAGACCCAGAAGCCCCAGAAGCCGUGGUGGGAGGACGAGUGGGAGGUGCCCAGGGAGACGCUGAAGCUGGUGGAGCGGCUGGGGGCCGGCCAGUUCGGGGAGGUCUGGAUGGGGUUCUACAACGGGCACACGAAGGUGGCGGUGAAGAGUCUGAAGCAGGGCAGCAUGUCCCCCGACGCCUUCCUGGCCGAGGCCAACCUCAUGAAGAAGCUGCAGCACCAGCGGCUGGUGCGGCUCUACGCGGUGGUCACGCAGGAGCCCAUCUACAUCAUCACCGAGUACAUGGAGAACGGGAGCCUGGUGGAUUUUCUCAAGACCUCCACAGGCAUCAAGCUGACCAUCAACAAACUCUUAGACAUGGCAGCCCAAAUUGCAGAGGGCAUGGCUUUCAUUGAAGAGAAAAAUUAUAUCCACCGUGACCUGAGGGCUGCCAACAUCCUGGUGUCUGAUACCCUGAGCUGCAAAAUUGCAGACUUUGGCUUAGCACGCCUCAUUGAGGACAACGAAUACACAGCCAGGGAGGGAGCCAAGUUUCCCAUUAAGUGGACAGCACCAGAAGCCAUUAACUAUGGGACAUUCACCAUCAAGUCUGAUGUGUGGUCUUUUGGGAUCCUGCUGACAGAAAUUGUCACCCAUGGUCGCAUCCCUUACCCAGGGAUGACCAAUCCCGAGGUAAUUCAGAACCUGGAGCGAGGCUACCGAAUGGUACGACCCGAAAACUGUCCAGAGGAGCUGUACGAUCUCAUGAACCUGUGCUGGAAGGAACGCCCGGAGGACCGGCCCACCUUUGACUACCUGCGCAGCGUGCUGGAUGACUUCUUCACAGCCACAGAGGGCCAGUACCAGCCCCAGCCCUGAGAGGUCCAGCUGGCAGGGUCUUGGUGCCCUCCCCCCAUCUUUCCGAACUUGUUGGGGGAUAUGAAGUUCUUGUGCCACCCCCACGUGGCCUAUGCACAUAUGGACUCUGCACAUGAAUCCUGCCCACAUGUAACACACACUUCUUAUGUCUCCCACAUGGAUUCUGCAGCUGCGUGGGCUCUCCACAUGUGUCUUGCAUAUGUGGGCCUGUGCAUGUAUGUCUUGGACAUCUGUCCAAGGUGUCCCCUCUGGGUCCUUCCAUUUCCACCAGAGAGAGGAGAAAGGCCUGUGAUGGACACCAGCUUCUGCCCACUCCCUUUCCUUUUCCCAGGUCAUGGACAAACUCCUUCAGGGCCUGGACCUUAUGUAAUACCUCUGUGUGCUCCUCCUCAGUGCCUGCCACACAUCAGGAGCCCAAUAAAUGUCUGUUUGUUGAUGACAGUUCUACAUUUCUCUGCCUACCACGCCUAUCUCUCUUUUUUGGGAGGGGGCAAUGAGGGUUCUGAGUCACCCUGAAUUGGGGUAAAAUAUGGGAGGAAGGGAUGUCUGAACUCUUUUCAGCACUAGUGAUGCUGAGGAUCAAGAGGCAGUCCCUACACUUUGCUGUAUGAGCUCUAUGAACUGCUUCAAAUGGGACAAUUUUUCUCACCCCAUUCUAGAGGAUUCCUGGAGAUCCCUAACCCUCCCUACUACAUAUAGGUAAAGAGCAUUAA